AUGGCCUUCUUCAGGAGCCUAAUUUCUACUCUACUGUUGAUCGCCAUUUCCUUGACCUUCACCUUUGCUCAGCCAUUUCGGUGUACCUCCCCAGGCACCAAAUGCGACGGUUUAGUAGACUAUGUCUCUCCCAACCGCACCACUCUCUCCGCCAUCAAGACCCUAUUCCAAAUCAAGAACCUUCGUUCAAUUCUUGGCGCCAACAACCUCCCCCUCUCCACCCUGGCAAAUACCACCGUUGCCGCCAAGCAGACGAUCAAGAUUCCUUUCCCUUGCAUAUGCAGAAACCACACCGGAAUAUCCAACAGGCGGCCAAUUUACACGGUGGUCCUCGGAGACGGCCUCGACCACAUAGCCACCGACGUGUUUGCCCGCCUCGUCACCUUCCCACAAAUUCAGGAAGUAAAUAAUAUAAGCAAUCCCAACGUGAUUUCAGUGGGCCAGAAGCUGUGGAUUCCGCUGCCUUGCAGCUGCGACGAUGUCGACGGUCAGAAGGUGGUGCACUAUGGAUAUAAGGUGCCCGGCGGUAGCACGGUGGAGGGCAUUGCUGAGCAGUUCAACACAUCCCAGGACACACUGUUGAGGCUCAACAAUUUGACUAGUCCCAAAGAUCUCAUGGCUGAUGCUGUUCUAGAUGUUCCACUUAGAGCUUGUUCUUCUUCAUUAAUAAGUAAUAGUUCACUGGACUACCCUCUACUUGUCCCCAAUGGCACAUAUGUCUUCACUGCCAAUAAUUGCGUAAGGUGCAACUGUGAUGCUGCAAAUAAUUGGAUGUUACAAUGUGAACCAUCCCUGAUUAAUUCGUCGUGUUCUCCUAUCCGAUGUGAAGGUCAAGAAAAUUUUUAUCUUGGAAACUCCUCAUCCUCAGGUUGUAAUCGCACAACAUGUGCCUAUGCUGGUUACAACCACCAAAACAUUCUCACUGCUAUUGAUGUGCAGUCUACUUGCCAAGCUCCUGAUAACAACUCAUCUGCGAUCAGCUUGCGAGGUUUAAGAUGGAACUUCCUUCUCAUAUCCAUCCACAUCAUGUUGAUCUGCCUUCCUUUUCUCAAAUGA